CACUUAACCCCAUUCGUAUCUCUGUUUCUUUCUACCUGACGAACACACGGGCCCUCAUUCUUGAGGGUUUUCUCUUUUCUUUAUUUGGAGUAGAAUACAUUGCGUUAAAGCUCUUUGGACGCGCGUAUUUUAUACGGUUUUCUUCAAAGAAGCCUCUGAAUGGAAGUGUUUCAAGUGGAGGACUUCUGAUGAGGUGGGCGUCAAGUAGUUAAUUCGAGGUAGUCCCCGGAGUCCUAGGAUUAAAAGAAUUCCUCCAUCAUCAAAAUGGAUGAGGAUGCUUUCAACGAAGAUUUAUUGACUGAAAAGCUGUCUAAACUCAACAGUUCUCAGCAGAGCAUAGAAUCUUUGUCCCGGUUGUGCGUUUCUCAUCGCAAAAGGGCCAAGCAAAUUGUUGAAACAUGGGAGACACUAUUUAAAUCUGCACCACGCGAGCAACGAGUUUCCUUUUUAUACUUGGCCAAUGAUAUCCUGCAAAAUAGCAGGCGUAAAGGUAGCGAAUUUGUGAAUGAAUUCUGGAAAGUUCUUCCGACAGCUCUUAAGGGUGUUUACGAUGGUGGUGAUGAAAAUUGCAGAAAAGUUGCCUCCAGGCUGGUUGACAUAUGGGAAGAAAGAAAAGUUUUUGGAUCUAGGGGUCAAAAUCUUAAAAUUGAACUGCUUGGGAAGAAUCCUUCUCCAGACCAGAAUGCUUCUCCAGCCAAUAAUGCAAAAAAUUCGAAUCCCAUCAAGGUUCUGAAGAGAGAUGCCAACUCUUUGAGGAUUAAAUUGGCUGUUGGAGGUUUGCCCGAAAAAAUCUUAACUGCUUUCCAGUUGGUACAUGAAGAAAUUGUCAAUGAAGAAGCUGCCUUAAACAAAUGCCAAGACACUGUUUCGCGUGUACGAGAAAUAGAGAAAGAUGUUCUGAAUGUUUCAUCUCAAGGAAACCUGCUGGGUUCUGAUGUUGUAGAUAAUAUGCAGCAACAAGAGAACAUGCUUCAGCAAUGGAUUAGCCAACUUGAAAAAUUUGAGGCUAUCAGAGUUGCUUUGAUUUCCCAGCUUAGAGAAGCACUUCAGGAUCAAGAAUCAAAGGUGGAGCUGAUUCGCAGUGAGUUACUUGUCGCACGGGGUCAGAUUGAGCAAGCAGCUAAUACUAGACUCAAGGCAACAUCAAUCUCUGCAGCACCACCAAGCACGAACCAAGUAACAGUUGACCCCACCUUUCCUCCGCCCCUGCCCACAAACAAUCCCACCAUGACACCACCUGCUCAUCCCUUGACAUCAUUUGUGAACUCCACAAUCAGCGAAGAGGAGGGCAAGAGGGCUGCAGCAGCUGCCAUGGCCGCUAAACUUACUGCCUCAACCUCCUCCGCCCAGAUGCUUACAUCUGUUCUGUCAUCCCUUGUGGCUGAAGAGGCUGCCUCAAUGACAAGUGGCUUGAAGCGGCCCAAGUUGGAGAAACCCAUGGUUUUUCCUGAUGCCAACAAUUCUGGUGGAGCUAAUUCAGGCUAUUUUCCUGCCAGCACACAAUCUGUACCCCAGGUGAACCCAUUGCAGGCCCCAUUCCUCCCACCUCCACCUCCACCACCGCUUGCACCUCCGUGUAAUUCCCCAGCAAAUCAGUUGGUCCAAUCUACAAUGAUGGGGCUUCCAUUUGGCUAUGGUCCGAGCAACUUACCUCCUCCUCUGUCUUCGAAUGUUGGCAUGGGAUUUGCUCGCCCGGGCCCUCCACCCCAUCAAGCACAGCCGCAGGCGCAGAACCAGCAACAGCAGUCACAGCAACUACAGCCUCCGCAAUCACAGCAGCUUCCAGCAAAUGGUGGAUACUACAGGUCAGUAGGUGUCGGAUUUUAUGGGCAAAGCCAUCAGCCCCCUACCCCGCCCAUACACAGGCAAUGAGUUGGAAACUUGUUUUUGUAUUUGUAUAUUAAUAGGCACUGGUUGGAACUUUUAACAGUUAAUAUGUAGUAUACUCUAAUCAGUUCUAAAUGUUGUUAGCACUCUGUCAACGUUACAUGUAGUAAAUGUAGAACUACAUGCAGAGUUUUUGAAUACUUACAUAUA